AUGAGCCAUACCAUUGAAUAUGAUGGGUCCGAUAAUAGCAUAAAAGCAAAGAAAUCAAGAGAGAAACAAGUAUUCAGUCUCGUGUUUCGGCAUGCAGCUGAAUUGCCGGGCAUACUCGCGGAUGAAUUCAUACAUGCAUAUCCUACUCCGCGAGUUUUUAAGUGUUCUCUAAUUUGUAAAUGUAGGAUUGACUUAAAUUUCGGAGUAACUGCUCUCUAUUAAAAAAAAAAAACAUUGACAUGCUCUGCGCGCAGGAUCGAGUGGUGGCCGGGUGCAUUUUGCGUUGUGCUCUCUCAUCUCUCGAUGUCGUUUGGACAGUCUGAUUAUCGCAAAUCCCCACUGAUUAAGAACAAAUCCUCGUGGGAAACUGCAUAAAAAUCCACUAUUGGAAUCGACGUCGAUCGAGCAAAUUCAAUCUCCAACUGUCAACCUCCCGUUUCCUCUUAUUAUCAGUGUCACAUCAAAUUCGAUCAGUGAAUUUGCAGCGCCUGAAGCACCAGGGAUGAGAUAAAUAAUAUAAAUAAAUAUUUUUAAAUCUUGGACGGUUGGGAUGAAUAUAAAUAAAGCGGAAAUUCACACAUAAUAGAGAAAAAAAGUGUCGAAUCCGUCCAGUAUUGUUUACAAUCAAAUUUCGUGAAUGGUUCUAAUUCGACAAUAUAAACAGCGAAAGACACUCAAAAAUCAACAAUAAUGAUCGACUCUCAAUUUUUGAUCGAUUAGACAACAGUAGUCAUAUUUUCGUAAUUACAUUAUCUGACUAUAAUUUGAGUAAUUUUUAUAAAUAUUAAAUAUAUGUAUUAAUAUUGUUAAAAAAGUGAUAUUUUGUCGAGAUGGGUGAAGAAACUCAAGCGCGUGUGACUUCCGUCUUGGAAGAGACGUUUUACAUAACUUCCAAGAAGAAUACAAUUUAUCGUGUAAAGUUAACAGAUAAAGGAUUGAGUCUGCAGAAGGAAAGCAACGGCACGACCAAAACCGAGACGAUACCCUUGAUUGAUAUAAUCGGAUGUAGGUGUAUGAGAUCUAAGAGGCAAAGCGCGGGAAGCUGCGUUUGUCGACCUGGUGCUUUCAAAAGUCAGCUCAGGGUCGUUGAAUCAACAGAAGUGAUUCAUUCGCUGGACGAAUAUGACACCUCGGCUUAUUUGUAUAUUUAUGCCUACACCUUGAAAAAAGCGAGAGUGAAGGGAGCCAGGAGGCGAGAGAGAACGACGAUCACCCUUCGAUUUAGAAGUUUUGAUAGAUACGAGGAUAAUCUCCGGGAGGCCAGCAGGUGGAGAUUGGCGAUCAAGUGCCUCGUGUCGAGGGUUCCUGUACCCAAGACACUUAUGAGUCCCAGUCAUGGAAAUUUGGAGUCUAUCAUCAGCGCAUGUCCAGGUGAGCAAAGGAAAAUUCUCGUCCUCUUGAAUCCAAAGUCGGGACCUGGAAGAGGGCGGGAAACAUUCCAGAGGAGAAUCCACCCCAUUCUUUCGGAAGCUGAAAAACCGUAUGAAAUCCACAUCACGAGAUAUUCAAACUAUGCCAGAGAUUUUGUUCGAACAAAAGACAUCUACCAAUGGAGUGGAUUGCUAAUGGUGGGUGGAGAUGGAAUCGUUUUCGAAGUAGUAAAUGGUAUUUUUCAACGACCGGAUUGGGAAAGAGCCAUAAAGGAAUUACCUAUUGGCGUGAUUCCAUGUGGAUCUGGAAAUGGUUUAGCCAAGUCUAUCGCAUAUGCUAGACAAGAACCCUACAAUCACAAUCCGAUGAUGAUCAGUGCCCUUUCAGUGGUGAAAUCGAGAAAAGCAGCGUUGGACUUGGUUCGAGUCGAAACGAGAAAUCACAUAUUUUUUUCCUUUCUGUCAGUUGCCUGGGGUCUUUUGGCAGACAUUGAUAUUGAAAGUGAGACUCUCCGAGCAAUUGGUGGGCAAAGAUUCACGGUGUGGAGUUUAGCUCGACUUAUCGGACUUCGCACAUAUAAAGGCAAAGUCUCUUACCUUCCCUACGAUAAGGUGCCGGUAGUGGAAAACCUAAAUAAUGAUAGCAUUUAUCGUAAGGAUCAAACCAAGGAUGCCAAGAUACCACAUUCCAAGAGUUUUGGAGACGAAUUGGACCGAUUCAAUGGAAUUCGGGGAUCGAAAAGUUACCACGACACCCUCGAGGCUAAUACAAAUGGAUUAAUCGAUGUCUUGAAUCAUUGCAAUGAAGGUGAAGUAUUACCAGAUACCCUUGAGCUGGAGACUGAGACCCAAAGUAGACAUAGGUUGGAUAGUUUUUACUCCGCAAAUUCUGUGAAGUCGACGUAUUUUAGUUCAGGGUCUAUUUCCAGUUAUCAGAGCACAGAAGAUCUUGAAAAUGUUGGAAAAGAAACAGAAAACUCGAGCGAUGACAAUAUCAUGUAUGGGCCACCUUCAACGCUACCAGCUCUUACUGCCCCAGUUCCAAAUAACUGGACCCAAAUUGAAGGGGAAUUCGUGAUGGUUAAUGCAGCCUAUCUAUCACAUUUAGCGCAAGAUAUAUUUUUUGCUCCUCAUUCUCGACUUGCUGAUGGAAUAAUUUGGCUCCUUAUUAUAAAAGCUGGCAUCUCGAGAUCGCACCUACUUCAGUUCCUAUUGGGGUUGAGUACGGGUUCGCAUUUAACCGUUCCCGGAGUCGAGAUGAUACCGGUGAAAGCCUUCAGAAUAGAACCAGCGGAGGGCACAAGUGGUUAUUUGGUAGUGGAUGGUGAAAACGUGGAUUAUGGACCUAUUCAAGCCGAAAUGUUCCCCUCUUUAGCGACUGUAAUGUGUCCUUGACAUAACAUCUGAUUUCUAAAGAGAGGCGCGGUCUCGUCUUAGUUUUAGAAUUCUCGAUUUAACCGACUUCAAAUUUCGAUAGAACGAGUGUAGGAAAGACAUAAGCUCUCAAGUAUCUUACGUAUACGAAUCUUAGUCCUAAAAUCAAAGCAGCUAAAAUAGUGCGAUCAAUAGUUCAGUGAUCAAUCAAUCGAUCACGUUACUAAACUUUUAUCGUUUCACAAAUUGUAACGUUCGUCAGUAUUUUCAAGCGAGAACAAUAAUGCGAAAUAGAAGGUCUUUUCAAACAAAUGAAAAAUUUAACUAAGGCCUACAUAUGGGGUAAAGGCACUACUGAUAAAUCAAAAAUCGAAAAAAAAUCAACAUUAUAAUAAUGCAGGUACGCUAAACUACAAAUUUUAAAAGACUUUAUAUGUUUAGAAGAUCAAUUCAUUCGGAUUUCAUCAUUUUCUUGGUAUAUUACGUUAGUUGGAUCGAACAUUUUAAACCACAAAUUCUGUUACUUUCUGAUUUAUUCCUUAUAUUUCACUGAGACCGCAAUCAUUGAAAAAAAUCAAAGGUUUCUAAAAAUAAGUAUAUUAUUUUAAAAAUGCAUUCGUCGGGUAAUUGUGGACAAUUCGUGUCAAAGCUCUGUUUCUCGAGGACUUUAUUCGCGGAAUGGUCAUACCAACAUCUUCGCUUACGCACCAAAUUAUAGACAUCGAGAGCACGUUUUAGAUUAGUUAGGCUAUUUCAAAAUUAAACGUCAUGACUAUAACAAUAACAUAUAAUGCAUAUAGCAAUUAAAAUGUUAUUUCAACGGGCUAUGGUAAUGGUUGUGUCAGGAAAAAAAGAAUAAUUAUUUCAGAGAUUCUCUCUACUUGUGAAAUAGUGUAAUUAUAAUCUGCCUUUUUUAUAUUUCUUAUUUUAUUGUUUUUAUUUCAUUAUCAAAUUACCUGCAUUUUCUGUUUUAAUUAUUAUUUUUGUCUAUCAUGUAUCAGUAAUUAAACUCUAUUCUAUUAUUUUAUCCAAUAAUUAAGUAAAUUUUUUCUUUAUUUAAAAUAUUAAGCUAAUUUGAGAGGCUAAAAUUUCACAGCUGUUAUCUUAAUUCCUCGACAAUUGGUGCCUUUACUCUAUAUUUAUAAUGUUAACUCGAGAACGAUCGCAUUUCAUUUGCAGUAAACUGGGGGAACAAAAUAUUUAUUUGUUUUCGCACAAAAGAAGUGCUACAUAUCCUUCUGUAAUGUCAAUCGACUAUAUUUUCAUAAUCGUUUUCCCAAUCAGAAAUCUAUACGCCUCAAGCGAACUAUUGGGUAACUCGAAAUAAUGAGAGGACUAGUAAUGAGAAGAAGCAGUGAAUAUCAAUUAAUUUCUGUAAAUAAUAUUAUAUGUAUUGAGAUCCAAAAUUAAUUAUUCAUUAUAUAUAUAUACUUUUUCGUCAAUUUUGGAUUGAAAUUACCAUUUCUUCCCAAUAGUUCCAAAUUAGUGGCGCUGUCGUCGCCGCGAAAUAGACGUAUAUCCCUAUUAAAUAUUAUUUAACGUCUGAAAGUAUUUAAACCCUAAAAAAGUCGUAGUCUUUAAACAGUUGGACUUCGAAUUCUGUAAAUAAGCCAUCAGUAAAAAGAAAUUUAUUUGCGGAUCAAGUAUUAAUAUUCUCUACUCCCAUUUGUCGUCUAACUUGUCAUCUAACUUUGUUCGCAUCUUUGCGGAUAUGUUUUUUGGUGAAUCGCGAGUCAGUGGAAAAUGUGACUCUGAUUUUGUAAUUACUGAAUUUCGCUGUGAAUAAGAAUAACGCAUUAGCCAAUAAGUAGUUUAAUCUUCCAUGAAUUUCUUACGUGCCUAAAUUAUAUAUUAUACUUCCAAAGUGUGCUUUUUUAAAAGUUUCAUACGCACAUAAGUAUUUUCAUUUUGUAGAUAAGAUCAAAGUUGUACAUUCAAACUUCGAAGUUUACGCUCAUGUUACGGCAACGAUUUAAAAUUGCAAAAAAAAAAAGAUUAAAAAUUGCAAUAAAAAAAAUAAAAAUAUCUUUACAGCUG